CCUGUCCAUGUUGCACCGCGGGCGCGUUGUGCCGUGACCCUCUCACCCCCCGUGUGCUGCGGCGUUUUCGAGCGAUCCACGACUGAGACGUCCGCCCACCAGGGAGAGGGGGGAGGGGGGCAGGUAAGAGGAGGAAGAAGAGGACGAAGAGUGGGACAAGUGAGGAGCCGCAUGCCAGGGCGGCGUUCUCUUUGUGUGCCAGUGUCGUCUUCGUCGUGGUUCGGGCAGCGAGGGAGGGAGGGAGGCAGGGAGUCAGUCUCGUGUCCCGUCCUGCGUGGUCCUCAUUCAUCGGCGGCGAUUGGCCCCCAAGGCGAAGCGAGAGAGAGAAGCGAGUUCCGAAACAACCACCUCCCCCCCACUUCCAUUCCUCCUGUCUAGAGGAGAGUUCCGUUUGACAGGACCGAGGAUUUGACAAAGAGGAUAGUGUUACAGAAGAAGCGACAGUCUUGACAGAAGAGAAGAAUAGUACCAAGGGAGAGAGCCUUUGGAGUUCCUGCCGCUUUGGCCGGGUUCCCAUUUGAAGGAGAGCUCGCUGCAGCUCACAGCGGUCCUUGCACCGCCACCGACUGAACCGACCGUCGUGCAGGAGACCUGGACGGGAGGAGAUGGCGCUGAACGUGGCUGGUGUGGUGGCCGUCCUCGUCUUCUACAUCAUCAUCCUGGUCACGGGCGUCUGGGCCGCUCGCCGGUCCAGAGCCACCGAGAGGGGUUGCCAGGCCGGGCAGAGCGAGAUGGCCAUGGUGGGAGACCGCAAGAUGAGCGUCAUCGUCGGUGUCUUCACCGCCACCGCGACGUGGGUGGGAGGCUCGUACAUUAACGGCACGGCGGAGGUGGUGUACACGCCUGGACUUGGACUGGCCUGGAACCAGUUCCCCCUGGGCUGCUCCCUCAGCCUCUUCUUCGGUGCCCUGUUCUUCGCCAAGCCCAUGCGCAUGGGCCGCUACGUCACGAUGCUCGACCCCUUCCAGAUACGCUACGGCAAGUGGCUGGGGUCGCUCUUCUACAUCCCGACGGCCUUUGGGGACCUCUUCUGGGCCACCGCCGUCCUCACCGCCCUUGGCUCAACCAUCAGCGUCAUACUGGACAUCGACAGGUCCAUCGCGGUCAUCGUGUCAGCCUUCAUCACCAUCAUCUACACGCUCCUGGGCGGUCUCUACUCUGUCGCCUACACGGACAUCAUCCAGCUUGUCUUCAUGGUCGUGGGCCUGGUGGUGUGCGUGCCGUUUGCCAUGAUGAACCCGGCGGUGAAGAACAUUGGCACCACGCUGACGGAAACCGUCUACCAGGAGCCCUGGCGGGGCCGCCUGGAGACCAGGGACAUCACGCGCUGGAUCGACAACAUGCUCUACAUGACGCUGGGCAACAUCCCGUGGCAGGGCUACUUCCAGAGGGUGCUCGCCGCAGAGUCGGGCACGCACGCCCAGGUCAUCUCCUUCAUGUCGGCGUUCAACACCCUCUUGCUCGCCAUCCCCUCCGUCCUCAUCGGCGCGGUGGCCGUGAGCACCGACUGGAACAUGACGACCUACGGCCUCCCCUCGCCGCACGAGCGGGGCGAGGAGGGCAUGAUCUUGCCCAUCGUGCUGCAGCACAUUUGCCCAAACUACAUCGCCAUCAUUGGCAUCGGGGCGCUGGCCGCCGCGGUGAUGUCGUCCGCGGACUCGGCGCUCCUGUCGGCUGGCUCGCUGUUCACGCGCAACGUCUACACGCAGAUCAUCCGCCCCCAGGCUUCGGACCGGGAGUCCAUGUGGGUGCUGAGGUCAACGGUGCUCAUCACCGGAUCCGUGGCCACGGUCCUGGCCCUGCAGACGCAGUCGACCUACAGCCUCUGGCUGUGGUGCGGAGAGCUCACCUACAUCGUCCUCUUCCCGCAGCUGUGCCUCGUGCUCUUCCUCAGCGCGUCCAACGGCUACGGGCUCAUCGUCGCGUUCUUCUCGGGCCUCCUCUUCAGGCUGACGGGCGGCGAGCCGCUGCUCAGCUUGCCGGCGCUCAUCCGCUACCCCGGCUACCACGAGGUGGACGGCCUGGUCCACCAGGCCCUUCCCAUGAAGACCAUUGCCAUGUUGAUCUCGCUGACGGUGAACGUCGCCGUGUCCUUCUUGACGAGGCACCUGUUCGUGUCCGGAACGCUGCCCGGCUGCUGGGAUUUUUUGAAAGAGUUCACCGGCCCCCCGGCGCAGCCGCGGCCCACCGAGGUUUUCGUGCCCGACGGUGACAAAGAGCAGUUGGAAAUGACGUUGGUGGCCGAUGAGAAAGGGCAGCUCGGCGGUGAAGCGGAUAUCAGGCAGACGUGCGCGGGAUGACGGCGCUUGGGAAAGCGGCAAGGAAUUUUGUAAAUAAUGUGACGUGCACGAUGACCAAAUUUUUACACAUCUAUUUAUACUGAUCUUUCCUGGGCACCUUACUUUGCGUGGUGUCUGUGUGCUGGUGAGACGUGGGGCCGCACUGGGGCGCAGUGAAUUUUACCCAGUAGCAAUAAUUGACAUUUCCACAUUCUACAUUUCUCUCUCUCUUGUGGCAAGGACUGUACUCUAUUCAAGUAAUCAUUUGAGCAAAACUGGGGCACCGCACACUCAGAUUUCGCCGAUCAGAAUUACUCUGUGCCAUAACCGUUGGGCCAAGAGCCCAAAAACCCCCGAGCUCGGCAUGUUUGGGGCGAGACGUGUUUGAGUCGUUCGUUUUCCACGGGUGAUUAAAGUGGCACGGUUAUUGUCUUCAGGAGGACUUUGUUUACCUUCCUUAUGCGGAGAAACCAGUGCUCACAUACGAGAGAGGCCUUGGAGAUUCAUGUUUGUCAGCAGUGUGAGAGGCAAAGGUGCACGCCCCGCGAUUGCUUACACACGCCACUAGAGGGAGCGUUGAGAGAGCCUCUACAGCAGAGGUCGCAACCGGGUACCCGAUACCCGGCUACCCGUACCCGGCCGGGUACGGGUACCCAUUUGCGACCCUGGUGCGGCCGGGUACGGGUAAGGAAUCAAAACCCGUUUGCGACCUUUGCUCUACAGCGGGUAUUUUAGCCUACUCUUCCAUCAGUUGAACACGUAGCAGGCUUUCGCAACCAAUAUUAUUCAUGAGAAAGGUUUUUUGGGUUAGAUCGCGUUAUUUAUAAAUGUGUUGCAACCCUCCACCACCCGACACGGCCAAUCAAUUAAAAACGUGUCACGUUGACAAUAGACAAAUAGUUCAAUACUUUAGCCCACCGGUGUGUUGAAGAGUGGAUUCACAACAUUUACAAUCUGAGUAGUACGACGUUUUGCAUGAAAUUACAUCCAGCAUAUUCGGGCGAUUUGCCAGGAUAGUGAAGCCAUCCACGUUCUUCCGGCCUUAAAUAGUGCAGGAUGACGUCAUCAUUGUUGAACCCCAUCAGGAUUCGAGAUCAGAGGCGGGGGUCUAUGCAAUUAUGUAAUAGAUCAGUAAUCAGCCACUUAGCAUGUGACUCACCUGUAAGGAGUUGCAAUAUGUGUUGUGUAAUACUUAAUAAUACGCUGCGCUGAGUCUGUCGCUAUCACAGCGGUUGAAAUUAUUUGAAUUCUUCUGAAUUUCAAUUGAUUCUCUAACUAGUCUUGGCCAGUAAUAAUUCGUUCUGCAUAACACUUCAACGUGAUCAAAAUCAAUUGAAUGUCCUUGUUGGCAAGCAUGCUCUGCCACUGUUGACAGCUGUGAUUGAGAUAAUUUAAUGUUCCUUUGGUGUUCUUUUAGUCUUAUGCUAAUGUUAAGUCCCGUCUGUCAAAUAUAACACUUGCCGCAUAAGCAAUUGAUCCGAUAUACACCUUCUGUUGAUCACUUUGGUAAUUCAUCUUUAGUACAAGACACUAGUUUUUGAAUUUCGUGUACCGUACCAAAUCUCACUUUAAUGUUUUGCUUUUACAAAGCACGGGCUAAUUUGUCAGUAACUCCCGAGAUAUAUGGUAUUUUAAUUGUUUUGAUAAUAUGAUCACUUUCAGCAGUAUUGUUCGAUCUUGAUUUGGCAUUCAGUGCUCUGUUAAUUUGAGCAUUAUUGUAGCCGUCCAGUCUUAGUGCUUCUUUAACUUGUUUAAUAUCUUUCCAUAAACUUUCACCAUCUGACACUGCCUUUGCCCAAUGUAUGGCUUUGUUUUGCACAUUGAGAUGAUUUAUAAAUUAAUUAAGUCUAUCUUUGAAACAAGAGCACUAGCCUCAAGUACAUUAAAACUAUAUUUUUGGUUUAGAUAUCUCGAUGACACUUGGGUUGUCUGGCCACAUGGUAAAGAUACACUUAAUGCAUUUUUAAAUAAUCUCAAUGUGCAAAACCCAGCCGAUCAGUUCACCAUGGAAAUGGAGGUGACCAACAUACUCCCCUUCCUGGAUAUUUUGCUUGGACGCGGUCAAAAUGUCAAAAUAACACACAACGUUUACCGAAAGGGAAUGCACACGGAUGCCUAUCUGAAUGCAGAUUCGCAUCAUCACCCAGCACAGAAAUCUUCUCUCAUCAAGACGCUCAUCGUAAAUGUAAAUUGUAAAUGUUGUGAAUCCACUCUUCAACACACCGGUGGGCUAAAGUAGUGAACUAUUUGUCUUGGAGAGUGCAGUUGUCAACUGAACGGUAAGUGCAAUCGCUGCUCGAACGAGUUUACCAGUGGCUGGCACGCCGGCUUAUUCACUUCCGUUUACAAUCAUCCGUACGAUUUUAUCGAGUCCAAAACUUCGUAUAAUAUGCAGUUUAAAAUGGGGAAGUAUUAUCGAGGUUGUUUAUUUCAUUUAGCUUUUUUUCUGUAGUGGGGCCAGGGCCCACGAUCCCCUAGUAACAGCGUUCACUUUUUUUCUUAAAUCUUCUUUUGUUCUUGUGCGUUUCAGUUGCGUUAUCGGCGCCAAGUCACGAGACGUAGACAUUUCUGUUUUAUACAGCUAAGGCCGAGUUGCUCGGUGAUGGGAGGAUGCUACUUGAAGAGGACAUGACAGAACUACUUCUGAAUCACGUCUGGGGGGGGAACACAUUUUCUAUGCCUUUGCAUCGAGUGCCCAUUGCUUGUUAAUCAAAGCGAUGUUCUUCGCUAUCGCAGCUAGAAUCUAGCGAUCUUAAGUCAAAACCACCACUUUAUUAUCUCGUUUGUGGAGUUGUCGGUGACCAAUGCUGAAACGUCACAUCACUACACUUGAGAGCCCGGUUAUAAUCACGGGUGGCCAAGACCUGGGAUUUGAACCCCCACUUACUUUAUCCAACGUAAACCGAGUCGCCGUGGGGUCAUGACGAACCAGCUCGGUUCGGCUUCGGGCACACCAGAUUUGUUUUUCCACUACAGAACCUGAGCCGUGCCGUUGAUGUCGCACGCGAGGCAUAUGCAGACAGCCCCCAUGUUGUGGAAGGACCCGACUUAUGGAAAUCCGACCUCACGUAAAUGCUCCUGUAAAUGUUGUAAAAAAAAAAUUAAUAUGCGGAUUUUGUGUGUGUUAGUUAUGUAAGUGCAUGUCGUGCAGUGCGGUGAGGUUGUGGAUGAAUACCACGGAGCGAGGUGUAAGGCAGGCUUGGAUCAAGGUUCAGUAAAUGGAAUUUUUUGUUGCGUUACGUAAUGCUUUUCCUUUUGUAGCAUUACGUAGUUGUUUGUUUUCUAUGCUUAGAACUAUAUUUUCCCCAUGUGUCUAUUGCUUGUUUUCUUCAUUUUAAGUUUAUUUCAUGAGUUAUUCACUGUAUAUACUUUAUUUAACACAAUUACCCUUCAAUUUCUCAUUGUCUCAGCCAACAGCGAUCAGUCAGAGAAGUCUAGGCCUAGCCUAAUGCACAGUAAACAAACAUUCGGAAGUGACCGCUUUCUAUUAACAAUUCAUAUAAAAAUGUUUUGUGGUAUUCAUAAACAACUAGAUACCGUAUAUGUUCCAUUAGUUUAAUUGCGGGUAGUGUUAGGGUAGAUAUUCGUUGAAAUGAAAGAAUCACAGGAAGUGCAGAGCGUAUGUACAGCGAUACAAUAUAGGUAGUGAUAGAAAACGGACGAUAGCGUGAUGCGUUACUGAAAGAAAACAAACUAUAAAUCGGCUAGGGGAGGCACAACUACUUCCGGCCAUGAUAUUUUAUCGUUGAUUUUGGGGGGAAUUGUUCAGUUUCCGACGUACGGAAAAUUCGGGUUACGGAUCGUUCUCGGGAACCUAACCCUUCCAUAACCCGGGGACUGCCUGUAUAGAGACGCACGUCAAUGACGCGGUGAGACACCGUGCCCAAGCGGUGUGCUGGCUCACCGCACACACAAUGUACUUUGCAGGGGCGCCACAGUGGCGAGAUGUUAUCGCCUUCCCCCGCUAUGCAGGUGGACGUGGGUUCAAACCCAACCAUGGCGCCUGUAUAUUUGGAGUUUGCGUGUCUCUCUCCCCUUGGUCACGUGGAUUUUUCUUCGGUUUUCCCUCCACAUUUAGAAUCAACAUCACGCGUUUAGGGUGUUUGGCCGCUAUACAUUUCCAUGUGAUAAGCCACUUCGCUGAGCUAUCAUUUGUGGCCAGGUCGUUUCUGAAAAAGAGCUAAAGCUCAGUGGGCCUUACCUGGUAAAAUACAAAGUUUGUUUCGUUUGAUGACCAUUAUCCUCGCCUCUGGCUUUGUUUGGUCCCGAGCCUGCUUCAGAUGUCUUGUAAGGCCAGCGUAUAUCCCAGUUUGGUUCCAGCUCACCAUGGCAAAUAGCCAGUGGAAAAAACCACCCGUACCGUGGGGGCCUGGCGCUGGCCUCAGCUUCGGUGUGCCAGUGGACAGACGGGUGUUGGCAAUGCCCUAAUUCCUGGGCCACCCGGUCAGCUGGUUCAAAGCGAAAUUGUAAUGAAAACACGCCUGGCAAACUCUGCUAUUCACUAAAAAUACAGCAAAAACUAACCGUGCGUGCCAGUUGCGGCAGGUGCCAAUGUUUCAUCGAGACCGAGGUUCUAAUUUCGGGGUAUAACCAGAAUGAUGCAACGUUUUUUUUGCCAACAAGUGCCAUUGAAAGGAGUACUGAAACCCAAGAUUCUUGAAGUGAUUACACCACAUCCACAAUCGGCCAAGGGUGCCUGUCAGCUGCACACUUUGUUGGAACUUCAUGACAGCAAUCUGACAAUUCCAGUCAAACAUUACAAGUUCAUUUGUUGAGCAAUUGUAACCCGCUGUUAUAUAAACAACACUUCAAAACCUGUUGAGAUUUUGGACGGUGCUCCCCCCCCUCCACCACCACCGCACCCCCUUGGCAUGCCAACUAUUAUACUGCACAAUAAGUUAUACGGUGACACCGCUCUGUUUGCAGUGAUGCACAAAGAAUAAUUCAAACAACUCACUCAUUCGCCAAGCCUUGAAAGGAAAACUGUAUACUGUAGGCGACGUUUCGGGGAAAUGUCCCUUGUACUGUGAAGCAGGUUACUCUGGAAGCACGUGCCUUGAAACAGUGGAGCGUUCCUCUCAACACACAUUGGUGUAUUCGCCUUUCAAGCUCAUCAUCAUCAGCCAUUGUCUAUCUACUGCCGGACGAAGGUUUUCGUCGCAUGAUCACACGAUACGUACAGAAGAGAGAACUCUUCUUGUCCACGGUCCUGUUCCCAGUGGCUUCUAUUAUCCACGGGAGCUCUCCGGUAAAACGAAACAAAAGAUGCCUGUUAUCCGCCACCCUAUUGAACCUUUUUACCCGAGGUUAAGUGGAGCAGAUUCGUUCUAAAUUGACAACUAAUUUCUUGAGAACUGCUUCUUGUGUCGAGUUUGUUGUCCUUCCACCGUACCUCCGAUCAGCACGGUUGACUACGUACGGUGCGAAAGAAGUUCAACAGAUGUAUCCUCCACUUUCCUUGAUCCCCCACAUUCCUGGUAGGUUCCCCUGUACACGGUGUGGAAGUAACUUAGGGGGCGCCGCGGUGGCUAGUAGAUGUUAAAUACCUCGCCUGGUUAUGCAGGAAGUCGUGGGUUCGGUCCUGACCCUGACGCCUGUAUAUACAUGGAGUUUGCACGCUCUGCCCGUGGUCACGUGGCUUUAUCUCUGGGUCCUGUACACAUUCAGAAACACGCGUUUAGAGUAUUUGGCUGCUCUACGUUUCCGUGUGAUAAGCCACUUCGUUGAGCUAUUAUUUGUGGGCAGGUCGCUAUAUAGCUCAGUGGGCCUUACCUGGUAAAAUAAAACAUUUUAGUUUAAUGUAGAAAAAGCAGUGUGAGUGUUGCUCAUGUUCAUCGUAUAGGAGGAACUCUAAUUAUUGCAGCUGACCACAAUACGCAACACAAUUGCAUGCGGUCGACUGCACCAGCCACCCACGCUGCAUGCCACGGCCUGUGAAUGAUAAUCGUGGCGUGUUGUGAUUACAUGGGAACGCAGAUUUUGUCCCGAGUGAUGGGCUUGUAAUGAGAGGGGCACACAGGGUGUGACGAAAUCCACUGACCUACCCAGGCCAUACCCAACGCCGCUGUGGAAUCCACGCAUGUGAUGCCCACUAAUUGACGGAAUAUAGCGACGCAAUCCCAAUGACCAAAUUAGCCAGAAUGUUCCAUGGCAGAUCUCGGCACAUCCUGGACGCUCAGCAGGCGUCUGGCGUUAUGUGGUGGGCAGCAUGGGGCGGUGCAGCGACAUCUGUUGUUGUCCGCUGUGUACUCGACUCGUGUGUGGGUUUUCCCCCAUCUCCUUUGUAAUUUGCUUUGUUGAAUUCGCAUAAAUGUGAACAUUUCGGGUCCCUCAUAUCCGAGGAACUUCGGGUUUCAAUUCGAACCUACGGUUAGAAUGAGUAAGAUCUAAACUACUAUAAGAUGCGAAUCGGUGUUUUUUUUUCAAAAUCAACGUAUUAACAUGUUACAAAAGAGUCCCCUAGCGCUAUACAUUCAUAGGAGAAGAGUGUUAAGCAAACGUGUCAACCCCUUAUCAGUGCCAUACCUUACUACAGACAAAUUCAGACCUUAUUGGUCACCCUGUGCCCCUAAUACAUCUCAACGUUCAUCCUACAAAGUCCCAUCACAAGGGAGAGACACAAACAGAGACAAAAACAAUGAUCUCUGCUUGUCUUCGUCCUUCCUCUGCUUGCGUGAAUUGACCUUUACAAACUAAACCGAGUGUCUCUUCGUCCUUUCUCUGCUUGCGUGAAUUGACCUUUACAAACUAAACCGAGUGUCUCUCUACCACGUUUCACGGCAACGCUCAUCGCUGUCAAGACGAGUUCAGAGUCGCGUGGGAAAAUUUGGGUGAAGUGUUUCUGUGUUGUAAAUCGAUCCACGGUGGCCUUAUACAGACGUCAUAAACGCGUGUCGCAAAUCAAAACUGUCGUAAUGUUUCCGAAAUUUUAAAAUCGGCAUUUUUUAAACUGACUUUUAAAACAUACAUUAAAAUUAACACUUACUUGAAGUGAUGUUUCACAAAUGUUAUACGCACAAAAAUGUACUUAAAUAAAAAACAAAUCCGGACAGACAA